AUGCGUAUCUCCGCUCUUCUUCUACCCAUAUUGGGUGCUCUCGCUCAAGCCAAUCCUAUCAUCUCACGAGCAUCAUCAUGGCCGCAUGCACCCUUCACCACCUCUGGCCGUAACAUGAAGAACAGCCUUGAUGAGACGAUCGUCUAUGCCGGAGUCAACUGGCCUGGUGCUGCCAAUGUAAUGAUUCCUGAAGGCCUGCAGUACCAAUCCGUCAGCACAAUCAUGUCCAAGAUCAAGGACCUAGGCAUGAAUGUGAUCAGACUGACCUACGCUAUCGAGAUGAUCGACGACAUCUAUGAGGGUGUUGACAGCAGUCUGAAGACCGCCUUCAUUCAGGCACUGGGAGAAACGAAUGGCACAAAGGUUUUGAAAGAAGUCCUGGCCAGCAAUCCUACUUUUACUGAGAACACCACUCGUCUGGAGGUCUUCGACGCCAUAGCCGCAGAAGCACACACCCAACAAAUCUACGUCCACCUGGACAACCACGUCUCAAAAGGAGAAUGGUGCUGCAGCCACACAGACGGCAACGCCUGGUUCGGCGACACCUACUUCGACGUCUCAAACUGGAAGCGAGGGCUAGCAUUCAUGGCCAAUCAUGCAAAAUCCUGGCCAGCAUUCACAUCCAUGUCUUUGCGCAACGAACUUCGCACCACUGCAAACGGCACAGGAGAUAAUUGGGUGUCGUGGUAUGAGAAUAUGAUUCCUGCUGCUGAUGGUAUCAACAAAGCAAACCCCUCACCGUUGAUUUUCUUUUCGGGGUUGAGUUAUGAUACGCAAUUGGGCACGAUCGUGGAUGGUGAGGACAUUGGCAAUGGAACCUCGUUUGCUCUACGCGACCACGCCUACGCAGAUAAAAUCGUCUGGGAACUGCACAACUACGCCAACAGCGCAACAAACUGCGGCGACAUCGAAGGAAGCCUAAGAAACCAAGGUUACAACGCCAUGGAAGGUGAUUCCUCCGCGGUCAACAUCGCUCCCGUGGUAUUGACAGAGUUCGGAUUCGAUCAGACUUCAGGGUCGGAAAGUGUUUAUGCGCAGUGCAUCAAGAAGUACUUGACUUCUCUGCCUGGCGGACCUGGUGGCUGGAUGCAGUGGGUGAUCUCUGGAAGCUACUAUAUUCGUGAGGGUGGCCAGGAUAAGGAUGAGACUUGGGGCUUGUUGAAUCAUGACUGGUCUGACUGGCGCAACCAGACCGCAGCUGACUACACAAAGAGCUUCGUAGAUGAGACUCUGGCAUAA